UGUGAAGAGAUUACUGAGCUUAAUUUUGUUAACACUGACCAAAACCUUUUCACUGUCACAGGAGAUAUUUUUAUUUUAGUUGAAACGACUUAACGGGUGUUACAGCUCUUGUUUAUUAGUACAUGGCUCAUAAACAAAGGGAAGAUAAUUUGAGCUUGUCCCCGUGCAUUUUUACAUGGUGCCACCAUACAUUUUCUCAGUUGGCACUUGAUGGAGAAAAACUCAGUCGUUCAGCAUCUGAAGAAGCUUCGGGUUCAGACUCAGGCAGCCAGUCGGAGAGUGAACAGGGCAGUGAUCCAGGAAGUGGACAUGGCAGCGAGUCAAAUAGCAGUUCUGAAUCUUCAGAGAGUCAGUCUGAAUCUGAAAGUGAAUCAGCAGGUUCCAAAUCCCAGCCAGUCCUUCCAGAAGCCAAAGAAAAACCAGCCUCUAAGAAGGAACGGAUAGCUGAUGUGAAGAAGAUGUGGGAAGAAUAUCCUGAUGUUUAUGGGGUUAGACGGUCAAACCGAAGCAGACAGGAGCCAUCACGAUUUAAUAUUAAGGAGGAGGCAAGUAGCGGGUCUGAGAGUGGGAGUCCAAAAAGAAGAGGCCAGAGGCAGCUGAAAAAACAAGAAAAAUGGAAACGAGAGGCCUCAGAAGAUGAGCAGGAUCAAGGCACCAGUGCAGAAAGUGAACCAGAACAAAAAAAAAUGAAAGCCAGAAGACCUAUCCCCAGAAGGACAGUGCCCAAACCUCGUGUUAAAAAACAACCUAAGACUCAGCGUGGAAAGAGAAAAAAGCAAGAUUCUUCUGAUGAUGAUGAUGAAGAUGAUGAAGCUCCCAAAAGACAAACUCGUCGUAGGGCAGCUAAAAACGUUAGUUAUAAAGAAGAUGAUGACUUUGAGACUGACUCAGAUGACCUCAUUGAAAUGACUGGAGAAGGAGUUGAUGAACAGCAGGAUAACAGUGAAACGAUUGAAAAGGUCCUGGAUUCAAGGCUGGGAAAGAAAGGAGCCACUGGAGCUUCUACUACUGUUUAUGCGAUCGAAGCUAAUGGAGACCCUAGUGGUGGCUUUGACACUGAAAAGGAUGAAGGGGAAGUCCAAUACCUCAUCAAGUGGAAGGGUUGGUCUUAUAUCCAUAGCACAUGGGAGAGUGAAGAGUCCUUACAGCAACAGAAAGUCAAGGGCCUAAAAAAACUAGAGAACUUCAAGAAGAAAGAGGAUGAAAUCAAACAAUGGUUAGGGAAGGUUUCUCCCGAAGAUGUGGAAUAUUUCAACUGCCAACAAGAGCUGGCCUCAGAGUUGAACAAACAGUAUCAGAUAGUAGAAAGAGUCAUAGCUGUGAAGACAAGCAAAUCUACACUGGGUCAAACAGAUUUUCCAGCUCACAGUCGGAAGCCCACACCUUCAAAUGAACCUGAGUAUCUAUGCAAAUGGAUGGGUCUGCCCUAUUCAGAGUGCAGCUGGGAAGAUGAAGCCUUGAUCGGAAAGAAAUUCCAGAGCUGCAUUGACAGCUUCCAUAGUCGGAACAACUCAAAAACCAUCCCAACAAGAGAAUGCAAGGCCCUGAAGCAGAGACCACGAUUUGUGGCUUUAAAAAAACAGCCGUCCUAUUUAGGAGGGGAGAACCUGGAGCUUCGUGAUUAUCAGCUAGAAGGUCUCAACUGGCUUGCUCACUCCUGGUGCAAAAGUAACAGUGUAAUCCUUGCUGAUGAAAUGGGCCUAGGAAAGACCAUCCAGACCAUAUCAUUCCUCUCCUACCUGUUCCACCAACACCAGCUGUAUGGCCCCUUUCUUAUAGUCGUCCCUUUAUCCACCCUCACCUCAUGGCAGAGGGAGUUUGAAAUCUGGGCACCAGAGAUUAACGUAGUGGUUUACAUAGGUGACCUGAUGAGCAGAAAUACGAUACGGGAAUAUGAAUGGAUUCAUUCUCAGACCAAAAGGCUGAAGUUUAAUGCACUUAUAACAACAUAUGAGAUCCUCUUAAAAGACAAGACUGUGCUGGGAAGUAUUAACUGGGCCUUUCUGGGAGUGGAUGAAGCCCAUCGGUUGAAGAAUGAUGACUCUUUAUUGUAUAAAACUCUGAUUGAUUUCAAGUCCAACCAUAGGCUCCUGAUUACAGGGACCCCUCUUCAGAAUUCCCUCAAAGAGCUCUGGUCCUUGCUGCACUUUAUUAUGCCAGAGAAGUUUGAGUUCUGGGAAGACUUUGAAGAAGACCAUGGGAAAGGGAGAGAGAACGGCUAUCAGAGUCUCCACAAGGUGCUGGAGCCUUUCCUUCUCCGCAGAGUCAAGAAAGAUGUGGAGAAAUCCCUUCCUGCCAAAGUGGAGCAGAUUCUCAGGGUGGAGAUGUCGGCACUUCAGAAACAGUAUUACAAAUGGAUUCUGACCAGGAACUACAAGGCUCUUGCCAAGGGAACAAGAGGCAGCACGUCUGGUUUCCUUAAUAUCGUGAUGGAACUGAAGAAAUGCUGUAACCACUGUUACCUGAUUAAAGCCCCUGAAGACAAUGAGAGAGAAAAUGGGCAGGAGAUUCUUCUGUCCCUGAUUCGGAGCAGUGGGAAGCUGAUUCUGUUAGAUAAACUGUUGACAAGACUUCGAGAAAGGGGGAACAGAGUCCUUAUUUUCUCCCAAAUGGUGAGAAUGCUGGAUAUCCUGGCCGAGUACCUGACUAUUAAGCACUAUCCCUUCCAGCGCCUGGAUGGUUCCAUCAAGGGAGAAAUCCGAAAACAGGCACUGGACCACUUCAAUGCAGACGGGUCUGAGGAUUUCUGUUUCCUGCUCUCGACAAGGGCUGGUGGCCUGGGAAUCAAUUUGGCUUCAGCGGACACAGUCGUCAUCUUUGACUCGGACUGGAACCCCCAGAACGACCUGCAGGCACAAGCCCGAGCCCAUAGAAUUGGUCAGAAGAAGCAGGUUAAUAUUUACCGCUUAGUUACAAAGGGGACCGUGGAGGAGGAGAUCAUAGAACGGGCCAAAAAGAAGAUGGUAUUGGACCAUCUGGUGAUUCAGCGCAUGGAUACAACUGGCCGAACGGUCCUGGAGAACAACUCGGGAAGGUCCAACUCGAAUCCUUUUAAUAAAGAAGAGCUAACAGCUAUUUUGAAGUUUGGAGCAGAGGAUCUCUUCAAAGAACUUGAAGGGGAGGAGUCAGAGCCUCAGGAAAUGGAUAUAGAUGAAAUUUUGCGCUUGGCUGAAACUAGAGAGAACGAAGUAUCAACAAGUGCGACAGAUGAACUUCUGUCACAGUUUAAGGUUGCCAACUUUGCAACAAUGGAAGAUGAAGAAGAACUAGAGGAGCGUCCUCACAAGGACUGGGAUGAGAUCAUCCCAGAGGAGCAAAGGAGAAAAGUAGAGGAGGAAGAGCGGCAGAAGGAACUGGAAGAAAUUUAUAUGCUGCCUCGAAUUAGGAGUUCCACUAAAAAGGCUCAGACAAAUGACAGUGACUCUGACACUGAGUCUAAGAGGCAGGCGCAGAGAUCCUCUGCCUCUGAAAGCGAGACCGAUGACUCUGAUGAUGACAAGAAGCCAAAGCGCAGAGGGCGCCCCCGAAGUGUGCGGAAGGACCUCGUAGAGGGAUUUACUGAUGCGGAAAUUCGAAGGUUCAUCAAGGCAUAUAAGAAGUUUGGUCUCCCUCUUGAACGGCUGGAGUGCAUAGCACGUGAUGCUGAGCUGGUAGAUAAGUCUGUAGCAGAUCUGAAACGCCUGGGUGAACUGAUCCACAACAGCUGUGUUUCAGCGAUGCAGGAGUAUGAAGACCAGCUGAAAGAGAACGCCAGCGGGGGGAAAGGACCAGGGAAAAAGAGAGGCCCAACAAUCAAGAUAUCUGGGGUUCAGGUCAAUGUGAAAUCUAUUAUCCAACAUGAGGAAGAGUUUGAGAUGCUGCAUAAAUCUAUCCCUGUGGACCCUGAAGAAAAAAAAAAAUACUGCUUAACCUGUCGUGUCAAAGCUGCACAUUUCGAUGUCGAGUGGGGAGUGGAGGAUGAUUCUCGCCUGUUGCUGGGCAUUUAUGAGCAUGGCUAUGGGAACUGGGAGUUAAUUAAAACGGAUCCAGAGCUCAAGUUAACUGACAAAAUUCUGCCUGUGGAGACGGAUAAAAAGCCUCAGGGGAAGCAGCUACAGACCCGAGCCGAUUACCUGCUGAAACUGCUCAGGAAGAGUCUGGAGAAGAAGGGGGCUGUGGCAGGUGGGGAGGAGGCCAAAUUAAAGAAGCGGAAGCCUCGAGUAAAGAAAGAAAACAAAGCACCCAGGCUGAAAGAUGAGCAUGGAAUUGAGUUUUCAUCUCCUAGACACUCAGACAAUCCAUCAGAAGAGGGAGAAGUAAAGGAUGAUGGUCUAGAAAAAAGUCCAAUGAAAAAGAAACAGAAGAAGAAAGAAAACAAGGAGAACAAGGAGAAACAAAUGAGUUCUAGGAAAGACAAAGAAGGGGACAAGGAAAGGAAGAAGUCAAAAGAUAAGAAAGAGAAGCCUAAAGGUGGUGAUGCCAAAUCUUCGAGUAAAUCAAAGCGAUCUCAGGGUCCUGUCCAUAUUACAGCAGGAAGUGAGCCUGUCCCCAUUGGAGAGGAUGAGGAGGAUGAUCUGGACCAGGAGACAUUCAGCAUAUGCAAGGAGAGGAUGAGGCCCGUGAAAAAGGCACUGAAGCAGCUGGACAAACCUGACAAGGGGCUCAGCGUGCAAGAACAGCUGGAGCACACCCGGAACUGCCUGCUGAAAAUUGGAGACCGGAUAGCCGAGUGCCUUAAAGCUUACUCAGACCAGGAGCACAUCAAACUAUGGAGGAGGAAUCUAUGGAUUUUUGUUUCCAAGUUUACAGAAUUUGAUGCUCGAAAAUUGCAUAAGUUAUACAAAAUGGCUCAUAAGAAAAGAGCUCAAGAAGAGGAGGAGCAAAAGAAGAAAGAUGACAUGAUUGGUGUUAAGAAGCCAUUUCGCCCAGAGGCCUCGGGCUCCAGCCGGGAUUCCCUGAUGUCUCAGUCCCAUGUCCCACAUAGCCUUCACCCCCAGAAGCCUCAUUUGCCCUCCUCCCACGGCCCGCAGAUGCAUGGACAUCCAAGAGACAACUAUAGUCACCCCAACAAGAGACACUUUAGUAAUGCAGACCGAGGGGACUGGCAGAGGGAAAGAAAGUUCAGCUAUGGUGGUGGUAACAACAAUCCGCCGUGGGGUAGUGACAGGCAUCAUCAGUAUGAGCAACACUGGUAUAAGGACCACCAUUACGGGGACCGGCGACACAUGGAUGCCCACCGUUCUGGGAGCUACCGGCCCAACAGCCUGUCCAGGAAGAGGCCUUAUGAUCAGUACAGUAGUGACCGAGACCACCGGGGACACAGAGAUUAUUAUGACAGGCACCAUCAUGACUCCAAGCGGAGGAGAUCUGAUGAAUUUAGGCCCCAGAAUUACCACCAGCAGGAUUUCCGACGAAUGUCUGACCACCGCCCCCCUAUGGGGUACCAUGGCCAGGGACCUUCAGACCAUUACCGCUCCUUCCACACAGACAAAUUGGGGGAAUAUAAACAGCCCCUUCCUCCACUGCACCCUGCGGUCUCAGAUCCUCGCUCGCCUCCUUCCCAGAAAUCUCCUCAUGAUUCCAAGUCACCCCUGGAUCAUAGGUCUCCUUUGGAGAGAUCACUAGAACAGAAAAACAACCCAGAUUAUAACUGGAAUGUCCGGAAGACAUAGAGGCCAGAUGGGAGAGAAGGGAGAACAAGAGUCAUUGAGCACCUGGAUAUUUUUGGUCUGAUCCGACAGAAACCAGUUACCUAGACCAGUAAGUGGCUUCUGGACAUGCUGCUGCUAGCUCGCCAGCUGAAAGCACUUCAAGGAGUGGGAGCCUUUCGCUCAGUCCAGCUUUGACUUGGGUCCCCGCUCCUGCACUUUGACACCCAUCCCAUUCCUGCCUGGCUCUGGCCUCCCACUUUGAUGGGUGCUAGGAGGAAGAAGAGACUUCGUGUGCCAGCUUCAUGGGCUGUGUUUCCCCAGUGGAAGAGGAAGGGAUCUCAGAGCUGUGAAUGUUUUAUUGCCAGGGUCAGUGUACCCUGAACCUGGUGCGGCGGUCGAGGAAGGAAAGUUUGCAUGAAGGCCGCUGGGACCCGCUGGACAGCACGUGAUUCGGUUCGCUGUGAUGUGACAGAUGCUGCUGGUGGGGAGCGGGCGGGAACAGGAGGUUGGGGUCUCUCUCAUCAUAGGACUUGAAGUGGAGCAGGUAUACCCCUCACAUGUGUUCUCGGGAAAAACAAUGCAUCGGGUCUUGUUUUUACGUCCCCUGUGGUGCAGGGGCUAGAGGGAGAGAAGCAACCCCCACAGUGGCUCUUCCCUACCAACACUAACUUCCUACACUGUACAUUUCAGAGGUUUGGCCUCUUGAGUGGGUCUCCUUUGCUCCCUGUGCCAGGGAAGUAGGAUCCAUCUAGCUGGCUUUUUUGAGUACUGUGAGUUAGGCAGUACUGAAGUUGGCAUGGGUCUUACAUGGUGGGGUACGAGCUGAAUGAGGGGAGAGGGCGGGGGCAGGGUGGGGUAGUAUGGCCAGGGAACUGGAAUCCCUGCUGGAUUUCUGAUUCCUGUGAUAAGAAGCAAAACUACAGGGCCUGGAGAGAAGGGGGAAGUGGAGGCAGGCCUGCCGACCAGCUUGUUGCUGGCAUGCGCCAAGUUGGGGUGCUAGACGGGGGUGAGAUUUUUAGUGCGGGGCUGUGGGAGUGCCGGUGAGUGGGGAAGGCUUCAGUGUUGUACUCGGUCAGCGUUGGCAGCUGCCUCCAGGUUCUCUUUGCACAGCUUGAAGGAGUAGAUCACACAGAAUCACACAUCUCUUGACACUCACAUGGUGGGUGGACAGAUGAAAACGAGUUACCUGUGGUGAACAGGUCUCCACUGUUAGUUGGAGAUAUUAACGUUGAACUCAGUUUCUUUUAGAAGGAGGUAAGUAAAGUGAAACUUUUCCCACAGUGGGAAGCCCCCAAGGACAGGGUGGCCAGGCCACAGAUGUGAGAGCCACGCUGGAGCCGGACUGAGCCCGAGCUGGGGAGGCAAGCUGGUUGCAUCAGUUAGGCGGGCUCCCUCCGUUUUCCUGACCCUGGGCCUUCUGAUUGAUGCAUUUUAAAUACAGCCAGUAUUGUUAGAGUGUUCAAGGGCCUUUCUACGUGGAGACAGAAUAACUGACUUGAACAUACACUGUGCCUGUAAGUGUCCAGGCUCAGAACUGGUGAGAGCCCUUCCACUGGGCAUACCCAGGGUCAUACUCCCUGAACUAUCCUGUGGAGACUUGGUAAAAUCAUUUCCAUUUACUUGCUGGCAUCCUGGCAGCACCAUUAAUGCCUUUACUAAGCAAUGCCUGAGCUAUACACCCAAGGGAAGUGGAUGUGGCCUUGGUGGGCUGCCGCCCCUUGCUACCCGAGGAGAAUCUGGGUCCUCACAGCUUGUGCUGAAAGCUUGGGGGACCCACACCACCUUACAUCUCCUCAUGGUAUUUGGGGUUGUCACCUUGGGCUUGGACCAUGAGUUCCUGGAGCAAAGCCCACAGGGCUGCAGGGGAGCCCCCGGCUAGUCUUUCCACUGAGGACACUCUGUGACAUCUCCGUGGGGACAUGUGAAUCACAUCUCUCCUCUUGACACCACAGGUUCAGCUUCUUGCUGACAAUACUGACACUACCCUGUGGUCGUGUUGCUCAGGCCCAACAGGAGGUUAAGCUGGCUUGCCGGGUCUUUAAGUGAUGGGUGGUGAGGGUGGCAGGGGACGAGGGGAAGACAGGCCUCGUCAUCCUGUUGGAGGUGUGGUGUUUCCUUCCACUUAGAGGAGGCCAGGAGGAGGAACUGGACGCCCUGUGUUUUUCAUCCAAGUCUUUUUUCUCUGAAGUUGUUGAUAGGACAUGUGAGUUAUUCCCAAAAAUGUCUCACCAUGAGGAAAAAGGAACUACUUUUUGUUCACAUUCGGGACUUUUAGUGCCAUAUGAUGUAGCAGAAGGCAGUAUCAGCCAGAUCAGUGUUAAAUUCAUUAUAAAAUUACAGUAUCCCCAUAAAUGCAUCUAUUCUAGGUGUUGAAGUAUGUUUGAAGAGUGGGUUGGGAGAAAGGCAUUUCCUCAUUGACCUAAGUCAGUAUGAAUACUGUAUGCUUUUAUCAAAAACAGAAGUUUGCACAGGUAGAAAAUCUCUCACUUGUGGGUGGGAGAAGCUGCCCCAGGAAAUCUGUGAGGAGGAUAUUCCAUGGAGCCUGCCGAGCUUUGAAAGACAUGGGUAGAAACGGCAGGGUUGAGGAAGAGGGGAGUGAGCACCACCUCAAACCUGGACAAGAACAAGGAUUAACAUGGCAUACAAAAGACCCGCAAAUGGUCAUGGUGAAGCCCAGGCUCACUGCGGUCUGCCAGAGCUGGCAGGAGAGAGUCUGGCCCUCCGCAGAGCCUGACCUGCCUGGUGACCCUGGGCUCCCUCUCCUAGUCAUUCCUUAAGCCCUUCCACGGGAAGUCAGAACACUUACCACAUCAUGCUGCAAAACUUCUAGCCUGAUGUCUGGAAGUUGCAUCAGGACGUGCGGUGCAAACGCAGUUCAGUUAGAAUUCACACAGUGACACUGAAAAUCCUCACACAGUGAGACCAAAAUCCACUAGUCAGCAGGAGCGGGGGCCAGGGCCCAGCACCAGUGGUCUUCUGGCUUGUCUGAGGGUUGCCGUGUCAGGCGAGGAGGGCCAGGCCAAGGGUCCAGGCUGCUUUAGUCCAUCUGCGCCUCACCAAUCUGGGGGACAGAUGGUUUUUCUUUAUUGUAAAAUUGUGGACUUUUAAAACCUGUUGACUAAACAGUAAUUAAUUUAUAUUUGUGAAAAAUGCCACUGUCCUAGUGAUUUCUGAUGUAAAUAAUGUUGUUUAUAUAGUAUGUAUUAAAUUUUCCUACAUUGUAAAA